AUGCGCCUGACAGCAAGUCUAUUUCGUGGCCAUAAGCCUUACUGGCGGAAAAUGGUCCAAAGGUAUUCCUCCACAUGCCAACCAGCGGAUCCGACGUUGGACAAGUGCUACUGCUUGGAGCUGUUUGGAUAUGCCCCUGACAGCACCUUGAACAAACAAGAGCUGAAAACCGCUUAUCUCAGGUUGGCGAAAGAAUUGCACCCGGACGUGUCACCCAGAGGACAGGAAGAUGGAGCAUCAUUCAAGACGUUGCAGCACUGCUACAAAGUGCUUUUGCAACAGUUGGAUAGACAGAACGAACCCGAAUGGCUGCGCAAGAUGCGGGAAGACUAUGCUACCAGCAAGGACCCUUUCCCUUGA